CUGUCCUUGAACAACAACAACAGUACACAUUUCGUUUGACAUUAGAGUGUAAGAGGGCAUCUGUGACUGCCAGAAGCUUGUAUCUUCUUUGAACUGGUGCAGGAACAGUGUUGCUGAUUUUUUGGUUGAGCAGCGACCUGUAGUGGAAUAUGUUUUCCAAGCAUGUUCAGGUUUGUCAAAGGAUUGCUCUCCCCUUGCUGCAGCUGGUUUAUCGGGAGAAGGCGACUGCGGCUGCAGCCGCUGUAAAACCUUUCAUAUUUCAAGAGAUUUUGGAGCAGGAAAAGAAAGCAGAUGUGACGUGGAAGAAAGUGACUGGUGAUCAUGUUUCCACAUUUGACGUCAAAGGUAAGAAGGUGCUGCACAUAAAUCCAGAGGCUCUGACCAUGCUAGCAGAGCAGGCCAUGAUUGACAUAGCUCACCUUUUGAGGCCAGGCCAUUUGCAGCAACUGUCAAAUAUUCUAAAGGAUCCGGAUGCCUCUGACAAUGACCGUUUUGUGGCAUUGGAACUGCUUAAAAAUGCAAACAUUGCAGCAGGGAUGGUCCUUCCAGGCUGUCAGGAUACAGGCACAGCUAUUUGUAUAGGUAAAAAAGGUCAGCGAGUGUGGACUGAAGGUAGAGAUGAAGAGGCCAUCUCCCGUGGAAUCUACAACACUUACACAUCCAAGAACCUCCGCUAUUCUCAGGUGGCCCCCAUGGAUAUGUAUUCAGAGAAGAACACAGGGACAAACCUGCCAGCUCAGAUAGAGAUCUAUGCCACAGACUCAGGACAGUACGAUUUCCUAUUCAUGGCUAAAGGAGGUGGCUCUGCCAACAAGACAUUCCUCUAUCAGCAAACCAAAGCUCUUCUUAACCCAGAAAAACUUCUCAAGUUUGUGGAUGAGAAAAUAAAGACACUUGGCACAGCUGCCUGUCCCCCGUAUCACCUGGCCUUUGUAGUGGGUGGUACAUCUGCCGAGUAUAACCUCAAAACAGUCAAACUGGCAUCUGCACGCUACCUGGAUAAUCUCCCUUCAUCAGGUAACGAGCAUGGACGAGCUUUCCGUGACCAUGAGUUAGAGAAGACCAUCCAUGAGCUGACCCAGAGGACAGGCAUUGGGGCGCAGUUUGGGGGCAAGUACUUCUGCCAUGAUGUGCGGGUGGUACGUCUCCCUCGUCACGGGGCGUCCUGUCCUGUGGGUAUCGGGGUCUCCUGCUCCGCUGAUAGACAGAUUUUGGGUAAGAUUACAGACGAGGGUGUGUUUUUGGAGCAGCUGGAGACAAACCCAGCCAAAUAUUUACCUGAAGUGACAUCUGAUGAUCUUAGUGGGGAUGUUGUGGAGAUAAACCUCAACCAGCCAAUGAAUGAAAUGUUAGCUGAACUUAGCAAACAUCCAAUCAAAACUCGAGUGAGCUUAACUGGCACUCUCAUCGUUGCUAGAGACAUCGCUCACGCUAAGCUCAAAGAGAGGUUGGAUAGUGGAGAGGGUUUGCCUCAGUAUGUAAAGGAUCACCCUAUUUAUUACGCAGGUCCAGCAAAGACUCCAGAGGGUUAUGCCAGUGGUUCGUUUGGCCCAACCACGGCUGGCCGUAUGGAUUCCUAUGUCGCAGAAUUCCAGGCAAAUGGUGGCAGUAAAAUCAUGCUGGCUAAAGGCAACCGCAGUAGGCAGGUGACAAAUGCAUGUAAGGAACACGGAGGGUUUUACCUCGGCUCUAUAGGGGGCCCGGCAGCCAUCUUAGCACAGAACUGUAUUAAGAAAGUGGAAGUGUUGGAGUAUCCUGAACUAGGUAUGGAAGCCAUAUGGAAGGUGGAAGUUGAAAAUUUCCCAGCAUUCAUUGUGGUUGAUGACAAAGGAAAUGACUUCUUCCAAAAGUGGCAGGUUGAAUAAUUUAGUACUGGACAUGAAUUGUAAAUGUACGUAGUACAAAAAUGGAGAUAUAUAAAUUAUCCCUGUUUAGUUUUACGGAAGAGAAACAUCAAGAUAUGGGGGAGUUUUUAUCACAGAAAUAUUCACGAGGAAAUGGAAAAAACAGUGUGCUUGAUCAUUGUUUUCAUGCCAGUUUUGCAGAUAAGAUUUCGCUUGAGAGGAGAUAUAUAUAUAUACGUAAGCAUGUAUUCUUUAAGAACUGUAUAUUAAAUUGUCAGAUAUUAAUGAAUCACUGAACCGCAUUCAAGCAGGAGGGGUGAAAGUUAUAAAAUUUGGGGGUGGGAGGGGCAGUGGCUGAUGCAGCUGAAGAAGCCUCCCCAAUUUAAUUUCAGGAGGGGGAAUUCAAUCCCCCCAGUUCCCCGGGUCGGCCACCUAUGCAUGGUACCCUAAUCCCUCAACUUUUUCUCGUGUGAAAGAGCAACUUUCAGAGCAUUUUAUGCUCAUUUUUAAGUUUGGUUUGGAGACAAAACUAGAUUGUUUGGAUUGGCCAAUUAGAGGGCUUCACAAACAGUGUAAUUUGACAAAUCUGCACAGGAUGAUACCUUCAGAAUAUGCUUGAAUAAACACCUUGCAAGAUUUGUAAAUGCAAUGGAACCUUUUCAGAAAAGGAACAGCUGUGUUGACUUCAGUUUACAGGUAUUGAUUUUUGUCUGUACAUUUACAGAUCUGGCUGUAUAUUUCAUUGCGACGUAAUGUUUAUGUGUUCUGUCAUACAAAUGUACUAGUGCUAUUAUGCCAAUAGAUUGUUUGCCUUUUUGAGCUUAAUGCCAAAGGACGGCAGUCUGUAUUAAGAGGCACAUAGUAAAGCGUUGAUGUACUUUUACUUAUGGUUUUAAUUCAGCAUGAAGGGUUAUGUGAUAGAAAAUAUUUGGGGUAUUACAUUUAGAGUGGAUAAAAUUGACAUGUAAUAUGUGCAUAAUGUUUCGACAGAUAUUGAUGCAUUGUCAUGCUGCAAAUUGACUUGUUCAUGUUUAGAAGCCUAAUCAUAUUCUCUUUAACACUUCACAUGUAUUAGAGAAGGUCAAAGUGUAAGCUUAACUUUUUCCAGAAUUUAUUUAUUUGCAAUAAUACUGGAUAUUAAAAAAAAAAAAGGAAAAAAAAAAAAGAGUUCAUAACAUUGAUGUGAUAAGUUUUGGGUCAUUGACAUAGAGGCUGUUUACACGUGAAGAAAAUGGAUAUUGAUUUGAAUACACAUGCAGUUCCAGCCAGCAAACAUGGUUACAAACUGUGGGUAACAAGAUUUAUAGGUAGAUGCACAUUAGUGUUUGUUAUUGUUUUAUGAACGACCUGUGUAUCGUUUAAGUGUUGUAUUUUAUGCACAGUACUGUUAUUUGGUGUCUUUGAUGAUUUGGGCAGUUGUCCUGUGCAGGUUUAACCCCAACAUGUAGAGGUUCUUAAAAGUUUCCUCACUACUGUAACUUGUAGAGGGCCUUUAUUAUGAACAUUUCAUACAAAA